CAACAACGGAGACCAGGGAAGACAUCAAGAGGUUGGGCACAAGAGCCUUCUCCAAAGCGAUGCUCUUUAUCAGUACAUUUUGGAGACGAGCGUGUACCCCCGUGAGCCCGAGUGCAUGAAGGAGCUCAGGGAGGUCACAUCAAAGCACCCAUGGAACAUCAUGACGACGUCGGCCGACGAGGGCCAGUUCUUGAACAUGCUGUUGAAGCUCAUCAACGCCAAGAACACCAUGGAGAUCGGCGUCUACACCGGGUACUCUCUGCUCGCGACGGCCCUCGCCAUCCCUGACGACGGCAAGAUAUUGGCGAUGGAUAUCAACAGGGAGAACUACGAGCUUGGCCUCCCUGUGAUUGAGAAGGCCGGGGUUGCGCACAAGAUUGACUUCCGUGAGGGCCCGGCUCUGCCCGUCCUCGACCAAAUGAUGGAGGACCCAAAAUAUCACGGCUCCUUCGACUUGUGUUCGUGGACGGCCGACAAGGACAACUUCAACUACCACAAGCGCAUCAUUGAGCUCGUCAAGGUCGGAGGCCUCAUCGGCUACGACAACACUCUCUGGAAUGGCUCGGUGGUGGCCCGCCUGAUGCGCUCUGAGGAAGUACGUGCGCUACUACCGCGACUUUCGUCGCUCGAGCUCAACAAGGCCCUCGCCGCUGACGAACGCAUCGAGAUCUGCCAGCUGCCCGUUGGCGACGGCAUCACCCUCUGCCGCCGUGUCAAGUAAUUCGGAUUCGGAUUCGGAUUCCGAUACAGAGAGAAGGAUCUGUUUGUCCUGCUUACUUUGGUCUUUCUUUUUAAAAGCAAAAUUAAGCAAUGUGUUUGAUUCGUACUUAUGUAAGAAAUGUGAUUGGCGCAAUGUCUCUACGUUGGAUGAUGAUCAACUGAUAUUGUUGGAGGCUAAACUUAAUUUUGUGAACAUGUGUAUGGGUUCCUCAUUUAUAACAGUGUUUGUCGUAAAAUGAGAUCCCAAAAUUUGUAUUAA